UUCACUCCCUUCAAAGCCAACCUGCCCUCUGGAUCGAACAACCUCUCUACAGCCGAUUCACUGAAGCGGAUCACUCUGGCGUCACCGAGGCAGCAUUCGACGGCAAUGGCCAACAACAUUUUCUGGUCGCACGCUGUCGGCCGUCAAGCAGCCGGUGGCGGCAAGGCAGGUGGCACGUUGUCGGUGGCGGCUGGACUGGGUGUUGCUGUCAGCGGCGGUGGAGAUGCUACCUGCUUUUUCUACUUCUACGAUGACGACGCGCUUUCACAGGGCGACUGGGCGUUCAGGGAGUAUGUCUGCACGACAGAACACAAUGCCGGCGUCUCCGCCGUAGCCAUCCGUGGCGAGCUGGCAGUAUCUGGUGGAAAGGACGGUCUUCUCGCCUUUUACCAAAUCAAUGCGGCUGUGACAAAGGUUUCACCAGUGCAUCGUGAACCACUUGCUCAUAUGGAUUGGAUCACGGCAAUUGCGAUGGUUGAACGUAAACUACCGGAAGAAUCGGAAACUGUCACUAUCGUUGCCUCUGGUGGAAAUGACCACCGCGUCGUAAUUUGGAGCGUCAGCAAGGAUCUCACAGUGAAACAACUCAGUGUCUUGACCGCUCACAUGAGCGACGUAACUCAUCUUACCUUUAAGGUACUGUCCUGUUCUUAG